CCAGUUGGCCGUACCAGCUCGAGCUGCGCCGAUCUGAAGCCAGGAACCAGGAGCCUCCUCCAGGUCUCCCAUGUGGGUACAGGGGCCCAAGCACUUGGGCCAUCCUCCACUGCUCUCCCAGGCCACAGUAGAGAGCUGGAUUGGAAGUGGAGCAGCCAGGACCUGAACCGACGCCCACACAGGAUGCCGCCACAGCGCCAGCCCCUUGAGUACUUGUUUUCAAAUCUGUUAAGUAUAGACCUAGAUGUGGAAUUGCUAGAUAAUAUAACUUUUUUAAUUUUUUCUUUAUUUUACUUGAAAGGCAGAAUUAUAGAGAAGGGAGGAGAGACAGAGAGAGAGAGAGGGCGAGAGACAGACAUCUCUUCCAUCUUCUGGUUCAUUCCUCGAAGGUCACUAUGGCCAGGACUGGGCCAGGCCGAAGCCAGGAUCCUGGAGCUUCUUCUGGGUCUCCCACAUAGGUUCAGGGACCUAAGCGCUUGGGCCAUCUUCUGCUGUUUUCCCAGGCACAUCAGCAGGGAGCUGGAUUGGAAGUAGAACAGUUGGAUCUCGAACUGGUGCCCAUAUGGGAUGCCAGUGUUGUAGGUGGAAGCUUAACUGUUACGCCUCAGCACAAGUUUCCAUUUUGCAUUCUUACCAUCAGUUUAUGUUUCUGAUUUCUCUGCAUUCUCACUUACAGUUUUUUUUUUUUUUAAACAUUAUUACAGUAAUACUAGUAAGUGUGAAAUGGUAUCUUUGGCUUAAAUUUGCAUUUUGCUUAUGGCUAUGGAUGUUGAACUACGUAACUUUACCCAAGCUGUUUUGUGUGCUUGACCCCUUCUUUCUCUGCUUGCUCAUGUGGCAUACUGCUGCUCAUUCUUUAAGUCUAUUCAUGUACUGUGUUCUUCAUGCCCUUAGGCAAAAUCCUCCUCCUGUGUUCCCUUUAUGUGUGAACAUGUUUUUCUUUUUCUUUUUUUAAGAUUUAUUUAUUUAUUUGAAAUGCUGAUUUACGGAAAGGGAGAGGCAGAGGCACACACACACACACACACACACAGAUCUUCCUUCUGAUGUUUCAGUCUCCAGAUGGCUGCAGUGGUCAGGGCUGGACCAGGCUGAAGCUAGGAGCCGGGAGCAUCCUGCAGGUCUCCCUCGUGGGUACAGGGGCCCAAGCACUUGGGCCGUCUCCUGCUGCUUUCCCAGUCACAUUAGCCUGGAACUGGGUUGGAAGUGGAGCAGCUGGGACACACACUGGCACCCGUAUGGGAUGCCAGUGCUGCAGGCUGUGGCUUUACCUGCUAUGCCAAAGAGCCGGCCUCCAUGCUUUUCUUAUGUUUUUUAGACUGGCUCCAUGGUAGCCUCAAGGAAGAUUUUGAGAUCCCGAGUUUUAAAAAAGAAAAGGAAAUUCGAAAUGAGUCCCAUGACUAUCCUCACAGAGUGGCCAAAUUUCCAGAAAACAGAAAUCGAAACAGAUACAGAGACGUAAGCCCAUAUGAUCACAGUCGUGUUAAACUGCAAAAUACUGAAAAUGAUUAUAUUAAUGCCAGUUUAGUUGACAUAGAAGAGGCACAAAGGAGUUACGUUUUAACACAGGGUCCACUUCCUAAUACGUGUUGCCACUUCUGGCUCAUGGUUUGGCAGCAAAAGACCAAAGCAGUUGUCAUGCUAAACCGAACUGUAGAGAAAGAAUCGGUUAAAUGUGCACAGUACUGGCCAACAGAUGACCGAGAGAUGCUGUUUAAAGAAACAGGAUUCAGUGUGAAGCUCUUGUCAGAAGAUGUGAAGUCAUAUUAUACAGUACAUCUACUACAAUUAGAAAAUAUCAAUAGUGGUGAAACCAGAACAAUAUCCCACUUUCAUUAUACUACCUGGCCAGAUUUUGGAGUCCCUGAAUCACCAGCUUCAUUUCUCAAUUUCUUGUUUAAAGUGAGAGAAUCUGGCUCCUUGAACCCUGACCAUGGGCCUGCGGUGAUCCACUGUAGCGCAGGCAUUGGGCGUUCUGGCACCUUCUCUCUGGUAGACACCUGUCUUGUUCUGAUGGAAAAAGGAGAUGAAAUUAAUGUUAAACAAGUGUUACUGAAUAUGAGGAAAUACCGAAUGGGACUUAUUCAGACUCCAGAUCAACUCAGAUUCUCAUAUAUGGCUAUAAUAGAAGGAGCAAAGUGUAUAAAGGGAGAUUCCAAUAUACAGAAACGGUGGAAAGAACUUUCUAAGGAAGAUUUAUCUCCUGCUUUUGAUCAUUCACCAAACAAAAUAAUGACUGAAAAAUACAAUGGGAACCGAAUAGGUCUAGAAGAAGAAAAACCGACAGGUGACCGAUGUACAGGACUUUCUUCUAAAACGCAAGACGCUCUGGAGGAGAACAGUGAGAGUGUUCUACGGAAACGUAUCCGAGAGGACAGAAAAGCCACCACGGCUCAGAAGGUGCAGCAGAUGAAACAGAGGCUAAAUGAGACUGAACGAAAAAGAAAAAGGUGGUUAUAUUGGCAACCUAUUAUCACUAAGAUGGGGUUUGUGUCAGUCAUUUUGGUUGGCGCUUUGGUUGGCUGGACACUGUUUUUUCAGCAAAAUGUCCUAUAAAUAAACAGUUAAUUUUGCCCAGCAAGCUUCUGCACUAGUAGCUGACAGUGCUGCAUUAAUCAUAGGGAGUUUGUCUGUUAGCAGUGAACUCCUCAUACCCCACACGGUGCAGUAGGAUAGGCCUCAACCAUAAGAGACACUUAGAGUCAGAAGCCCAACAUCUCAGGACUCUUCACUGCAGGUUCCUCUGAAACCCACACUGUAAACGGCUAUCCAAAAUAAAGACAUUCAUGUUUGUUCAAAACUGGUCCAUUUUGCAGCUGUAUUCCUACAUGUCAGACUUAAUAUUUCACCUGACCAACAUUGAGAGAUCCUUUAUCACAAGAAUUUGUUUUUGGAGGCUAUCUGGAUUUCAACCUGCACUUGAUACAAGCAAUAAAUAUUGUGGUUUUAUCUACGUUACUAAUGGAAAGAAAAUGACCUUUAAUUCAUGUGUGUAAUGUAUAAUGUACGAUUGACAUGGGCAUCAACACUUUAUAUUCUUAACCAUUUCAGGGUAAAUAUAUUUUAUAAGUACCUAUUUAAUCUUAAUUUUGUAGUUAAAUGUACUUUUUAAAACCUCAACUUGAAACCUGUUACCAUAAUAAAAUAAAUUGUAUGUUGAUUCAAUUGUACUGGACACAUUUUCCUAAACAGAAGUUUGAUAUAAGCAGUUAGAGCUCUAAAUAAGCCAUUUCUACUACAUAUUUGCAUUUCCUUUAUGUUUUCUAGUUUUCCCUAUAUUAAUCAGAAAAAUGAACUUUUCUUAAAAGUAUCUUAGAAGGAAAAUUUUCCUUCUGGGUUAGUCAAGUAACAGUUGGUCAAAACUUUGUCAAGAAGUUGGUUCUGUAAAGCCCACUACUAAGACUUUUCAUUUUCUGUGAAGAUUUCAAUGUAAUUACCCUAACUUAUAAUUGGGGUAAAUUGAGAUUUAGGAAGUAAGUAAGGUAGCAACAUUUUAUGAUAAAUGAUUUACAUUUACUAGACUGAAGUGUUGAGGUAAAGUUUUUUCAAGUUAUUUCUACUUCAGUGCAUAGCAGGUGAUGUGCAAACCCUCCAUUGUCCCUUUCACUUCCGAAUUGGUUGUUUUUAAAGCAUAUUGUUUAAUGAAUUUAACUGCUCGUUUGAGUGCUAGUUUUCCUCGCAUCCCAACAUUCCAUUCAAUGUUUGACUUAAACUUUAAGCAGUUGUUAUGAAUUUAAUUGCUAAGAGGCAUAGACAGUAUCCGUCAUUUCAGUGGUUUUCAAACUCUGCUCACUGGGUUUCUGCGAGGGGCACCAGGCGAUGGCAGAAGGACUCCGACCUUCUCUUCAACCACAGCAUCUCUGCAUUGCUUCUCACACCACAUGGGAUUUCUGCAUAAUGCUCAGUUAUUCUAUACAGAGCAGUUUUCGUUUGAAAGCAGUUUGAAAACCAUUGGUAUACAUAUUUGGAAUUGAUUUCAAUGUGUUAACUUAUACUGCAAGUAUGAAAGCAGGAUGUAGGUGGUACUGCACAUUAAAUAAGAUUGAUAUAUAACAAGUGCCUGUGUCCUGAUUCAGUGUUACUGUGUCCUGUAACCUUGAAAUGGAGAGGAGGUAAGAGGGCCAUUUUCUUACAUCUGUCUGCAUUAAACCUGUGUUCAGGCAUCAAGGCCCUUUGGCUUUAGGGGUGUUACUGGUCUAAAAUCUUUCAUUCCACUUUGCAUUGGUUUAUCUUGCUAAAAUACAGUGUGUUAACUCUGCAAGUCAAACAUGGGUAGGCCUUAAACUCCCAGUGAAAAAGGCUGUGCUGGAAACAAAAAGGUAAAGCGUUCUUACAGGAAACACACUGAUAAGGUUGUCCCUGACCCCUUUGCUGGGUGAAUGUGCUUUGUGGGAACCACCAUUUCAGCUUUGCUUGUUGUCUGCUUCUGUCCUUCCUGGUGCUGUUUGUUGUGAUAUAUUUUAAAAGCCAUGUUCAGUGUAGUAAACACUUGUUGGUGAGCUGCCGCAGAGGUCAGUCAUCUUCCCACUUCCGGCAGAUCCUUGAGGAUGGUGUGGACUGUGGAAGCUUUAAAGAAUAUUCAGUUUUUACCAGUGAUAAUAUUUUGGGUAGGUACCAUCUACUAAUUAUUGAAGAUAUAUGACAGUAGGUUGUGGUGCCCACAGCUGCUAUCCUGACCCUUGUUAAAUGAGGUAUUCCAGUCAGGGAGAUGGACAUGGUCGUGGCCCCUGCUCCUGCCUCUCUGGGAACUGCUGGAGGAAGACAGUUAGAUAAAGAACCUUGGUGGUUUUGUGUCUUUAAAAGAAACUAUAUGUCCUUUAGGUCUUCAUAAUACUUUGUAAUUUUUAAAAAGCUUUUAUAGACACUUGUAUUUUGACUUUAAUCAGAUGUCAUUGCUUCUUUAAUAGGUUAAGGAGGAAAAAAGAUUCUGUAACAAGUGUUUUUUUUUUUUUUUUUUUUUUUUUUUUUUUUUUUUUUUUAAACUACUAAAGAUUGAGCAAGGAGAAAGGAAGUGAAAAAAAAAAAAAAAAACCCUUGUUAGUCAAUUUCUUCUAAAGAAGCUCUACUAAACAAGCAUGUUGGCGGAAGGGUUCUGGUUCCUAAGUGACUUAACCCCUGUGUCAGAAUUGAUGAUAUGGGACAAUCAACAUGGAGUUCAAAAACAGGUUAGGACAAAGAACAGUCCUCGGGUUUUUUCUCAGUUCCCUCUCUGCUCUCAGCAUUAAUUCACAGUGAUGGUGGCUCUCACAUAUUGGUCGUUUACUAGGUGCCAAGCACUGUGCUCAGCAUGUUUCCUAUAUUAUCCGAUCUAAUCCUCACAACCAACUUAUGAGGUAGGUGUUAUUACUCAGCCAUAAUCAUCCUGAGACUUGACGUUUUUACUUUUGUGGUGCUGUCAUUGAAACAUCUCAUGUAAUAUAUUUUAGAAUUAGGUAAUUUCUCUCUUAGGAAAAUAUCCUAUACUUAAUGAGUAUCUACGUUUCCAGAUUGCCUGCCUGAUUUUUAUACAGGUUGGAAAAUCUAGUCUGUUUUGAUUUUUACUUUCAGAUACAAUCUUAGUGUUUUUUAUGCAGCCUAUUAGAAACUGAAUACUGUUUUAUAUAUAUAUGUGUGUGUGUGUGUGUGUGUGUGUGUGUAUUUAUGUAGAGAGAGAGAAAGAGAGGAAAGACUAUUUCUUUUUCUAUAAAUACUGAUGUAUUUUUUUCUUCUACCCAUGGGUUCUCAGUGAGUAAAGAAUGUUCUGCAAGGGUGUUGACUUUCAGUCUGUUGCACACCCUCCAGGGAUGGAGUCUGUGGCUGUCCUACAUCCCACUGUACCUGACACCUCUCUUCACAGUUUGGAACUGAGUGCAUAGCAAAAGUGGUUGUUGUGCAUUCUCAGGUAUAUAUCAACAGUUAAUAAAGUCUCCUUUACUCUUUUUAUUUAUUUAGUUUUUUGGAUUUAAAAAGGUUUAUUAUUAGAGUCAAAGACCUCCAGCCAGAGCAGCAUGGAGGGGGUCCUUUACUGUUAAGAAGCCCUUAUUUGACUUUGAUAUCUUGUUGUUUUAUUUUAUUUUAUUUUUUUAAGAUUUAUUUUUUCAUUUAUUUGACAGAGUUUAUUUAUUUGACAGAGAGAGGAGGAGAGACAGCUAGAGAGAGAUCUUCCAUCUGCUGGUUCACUCUCCAGAUUGCUGUAGUGGCCAAGGUUGGGCCAGGCCUAAGCAAGGAUCCCGGAGUUCCGGGUGCAGGGGCCCAAGGACUUCUGCUUCUUUCUCAAGCACAUUUCACAGUGGAGCAGCUGGGCCUCAAACUGGAGCCCAUACUGGGAUGGUGGCAUUUUAGGUGGAGGCUUAAUCUGUUAUGCCACAAUGCCAGCCCCUGUUUUGUGUGUGUGUGUGUGUGUGUGUGUGUGUGUGGUUUUUUUUUUUUAAGACUUAAAAUUUUAUUUAUUUGAAAGGGAGAGACAGAGAUCAAUUUUCCGUCUGUUCUGGUUCACUCCCCAAAUGGCCAGAACCGUGGGGCUGGGUUAGGCCAAGAUCAGGAACAAGCUUUAUCCAGGCCUCCAACCUGUGUGGCAGAGCCCCAAACACUUGGGCCAUCUUCCGCUACUUUUCCGAAGCCAUUAGCAGAGAUUAAAAUUGGAAAUGGAGCAGCUGGACAUGAACCGGUGCCCAUAUGGGAUUCCAGCACUGCAGACAGUGGCUUGAAAAAGGCAUUGAAUCUUAAAAAUAAAAUAGAAAUGUAGUCUUUUGCUACAUAAUAGAAGUAUAUCUUCAUGACUUAAAAUAUAGGUCUUGGUUAUAGCCUCAAUGAUUUACCAUGGAGUUGACAUGUAUUGUCCACCUUUCCCUCAGUUUGGGUUUGAUUGGUUUGUUCUAAUGCCUAAGUAGUGUUUCUGGGAUAACAGCACCAAGAGACUCACAUAGUGGGUUUACUGGACAUUGCAACUGUCUAUGUACGAGGUUGCGUGCCUUGGUGGAAAGAAGUUGAUUGUGUCAGCUCUGCAGUUCCCAUUUCAGACAUUGCACACUUACUGCUGUGCCCUAUGUGCCUAGCCUGACAUAGCCAUUUCGUGCUCAUCCUGAUUUGCGAAUUCAGGCUUUUUCACUCUCUUGGGUGAUGCACUGAAGGAAAAAAAAAUCUAGGAAAAUAGUGUGAUUUGGGUUAUCUCAUUUUUCCUUUAGCAGCAGGGAUUUUUCUGGAUAUUGCACACCUCAGAUUGCUCCAAGAAUAACCAUGAGCAGUCUGCACAAGUGCUCUCUCGAUUCUUCAGGGGAGCAGUUACCUCCUUUGAUUCCCGCGUUCAGAAAGACUCGCUGUCUUUGGGAAGCAUUUGUUCUUCACUGUCACUGCUGAUCCUUUCCCGUGUCUGCUCAACUUGGACAAGAGCCAUGGCAUAAAGUGGUAUGAGAAACAUUCACUUGGCUUGAAUGAGUUUGUCUUUCUUAAUUUUAUUUUAAAGUUUAUUUGAAAGAGUUAGAGAGAGAGAGAGGUCCUCCAUCCACUGGUUCACUCCAUGGAUAGCCACAAAGGCCAAGGCUGGACCAGACAGAAGCCAGGAGCUUCUUCUGGGUCUCCCACAUGGGUGGCAGGGCCCCAGGCAUUUGAGCCACCUUCCUUUGCUUUUCCUAGCCCGUUAGGGAGCUAGCUCGGAAGCGGAGCAAGCAGGACCUACUAAACUACAGCGCUGGCCCCAGAUGGCUUUGUCUUUAGCAGUAGAAACCUAACACAAGAACAUGUUAGAGCCCUGAACAUCCUUGGGCAGUCCAUUGAGAGAAUGAAAAGUUCAGUUUUUUGAACUCUGUGUUUCAGGUUUUUAAUUAGAGUAUGGAAUUAUUGGAUUCAGGGAGGAUACUACUUAGAGUCUGCCCAGUGCUAUCUGGUCUUACACAGCAGAUUUGGGGGAGCUGCAAGGACAAUUGCACUGGGUUUUUUCCCCUUUAUAGAGAACAGGCAUCGGGUUGUCUUCAUUGUUGCCCUCAUCUGGCAUAGACUGUUGAGACACGUGAUGCUCUUGCUCCUGGUUACACAUCACUGUAAGAACCUUUCAGCAUUUUGAGUUUGGUGUCUUGAGGAAGUUAUCUUUUCAACAUUGCUUCUCUAACAUGGGUUAGAGAAGUCUGUGGAUAGCCUUGAUUCAUUUCCAGAGAAUAUUGGUGUGCAUGUCUGUGGGUCAGAGUGACUGUAGGUGCAGGGUGAUGCCCCACCUGCCAGGUGGGGCUGGCAUUGGGGGGAAGCUCUAUGUAUCUGGCCUUGCUCUGGCGCAGUGAGAGAACAGUUUGGCAGUGUGCAGGGUCACCUUCUCCAAAGAUGGCAUGGCUAAUUUCCUUUGAUUUGUUUGACCUCAUUUUACUUUUAUCUUAUUCUGUAAGACAGCAAAAAGUGAUUCAAGUAAACAUAUUAGCGUCUUCUAAGAUGAAGCUCAUUUGUCUCUCAGUCUGGCAAAGUCUUUUAAAGCAGUUAACCCUCCAAUGAUUUCAUCUUCUGUUUAUAUAGAAAUAAUCAGAGUUUUAAAACUCACUUUUCUUUUCAUUGUUAUGAUAAAAGAUGGUUCAUUCUUGGUAAGUGUAUCUUUAACAAACUAAUUGGGAAGGACAGCCUUGUGUGUUGAGCAUGUACAAUUCUGCCAACCAGUUAAAAUGUGGAAGCAAAACCUAAUCCACAAAACACCUCUUCCAGGUAGAUAUCACUAUCCCUAAUUUCAGAUAAGAAAACAGAGUCAAAGAAAAGUGACUUGCCCGCGGCUGCCCUGUGAAUACAGAGCAGAGCUGUGAGUCAGCCCCUGUCUGUGGAGGUCCAGUGACUCCACACCACCCACCUUCCCAUCAUGUCACACUGACUAUGUUUUCAUGGAAUAUUGAAGCCAGAUAUUUAACUGAGACAAUGCAGACAACCACUCUUACCUGUUAAAAUCCAAACUAACCCUCUUUUUUGUCUUUUAAUUUUGAUUCAUUUAUUAGAGAGGCAGAAAGAGUUCCCAUUAUUUACUGCUUCGCUCCCUAAAUGCCCGCAACAGACUGGGGAACUGAAGCCACGAGCUGGGAACUCAUCCAGGUCUCCCACAUAGGUGACAGGGAUGCAAGCGCUUGAGCCGUCAUUACCAGGGUGUGCCUUAGUAGGAAGCUGGACUCAGGAGCAGAGCCAGGUGUUGAAUCUAGGUGCUCUGAUACAGAAUGCAGGCUUCCUAACCAGAGUCUUUACCACUAGGCCAAAUAUUCACCCCCUUACUAUUUUUUUAAUGUGAAGCAAAAAGCAGUUGAACAAGAAAACUUUGGUGAAACAGUUGGAACUGCCCCUGAAACUGAAGAAUUCUAGAACAUCAGAAUAGGCUGUAAACCAAACCGUUAAUAUGAUUCACUCUCGCUGGUCAGAUUUCGUUCCUUUGUUUUAAAGAGCAGGCCUCUGCAUGCGUGGGACAUAAGUGUGUAUUUUUUAGCAGUCGGAAUCUCCAAGUGCCUGUGCUUACGUCGGCCACUUUGGUUCAGGUCUGGAGAUCUCUGUAAUCAGUGUCUGUGGUGGGGUUUGUGACUCAGACUUCUCAUGAGAGUGCUUUCCUGAUGACCUGGCAUUUCUCCCUCUGUUUUGGAAAAUCAGGAGAAAAAAAAAUGGACUGUUCACAACAUCUCAGAAGAGCUUGGUACAAUUAUGCUUCCUAGAGGAAGGAGCCAGUGGGCAGAAAGAAACCCAGUCCUCAGCAUGAGAGGGUUUUCCAGUAACUGCUGUGGCUAGAUGUGUGGAUGUGGUCUACAUUUCCUGUUUAUGUAUGUGGAGCUACAGUAGUGAAAAGUAUUUAGACUUGGAUUUUUUGGUGGUAGCAAGGGGCAUUGGUGGAAGAAUGGAAAUACCAUUGACCUCCCAAAAAAUUCAGUUAUUUGCGAAUAUUGUGAAAUGGCAUUAAAAACUGCGCUUGCAACAGUCCUUCCCUCUGUCUACUGCUUGUUUUAAUGCUCACUUAUUUUUACCUUUUGGCAUUAAAAUACAAUAAACCUGUCAAUGAUUGUAUGUCUGUGUUUUCUUUUAUAUCAAUAGUAACUUAAGUAUCGUGUCUCUGCAGUUCUGUAGCUGUAAUCAUUAGUAUUAUCCUUCAGGACAAAAAACAUCUGCUAACAAUCUGAUUUAAAGCUAAGCCAACUUUAUGUUCAGACAUUACGCUGAUAAUAUUUUUAGCAGUGUUAUACAGUGGAGGUCCAAAUUGGAUUAGACUUUUGCAUUGAAUUCCAAAGUGUUGGUAAGUCUAGCACAUACCAUACAGUCUUGCUAAAUUCUUGUGGAUAUCUUUUUUUUUUUUUUUUAACCUGUCUGUCUGUCAGUAUCUCACGUAGAGGUCAUUUCUUGAAUAAAACAGGAUGGCCUGAAAAUUCAUAGUUAGCAAUUCCUGAAGAAGAAUAUGAGUUACACUGGCUUUAGCAUGAGUCUACUUCAUAUCACCAGUUCUACUGGAAAAAUCAAGGACUUGAGCAUAAUUACAUCAAGUGAAGCCCUUAUGUGUGGUUGAAUGUGAUAUGUUGGAAUGAUUUUUGGUUGCCUUUUUAGUUCAUUGUCAGUCCUUUCAUGUUUGUGGUGUGUCUGUGUACGUCUGUGUGUUUGGUAACUAUGAAUUGAAUAGAUGACUUCUUAUUUUAUGUUUUAGGCCAAGAUUGACAGACACCUAAAUAUUCAUGACUUGAGAAUAUUCUGCAGCUAUAAAUUUUGAACCAUUGA